UUGUACCACGAGAAUUGCUUUUGUUAAUACCGAAUAUAAUACCAAUCAGCUCAGAUUAGCAGUCCAAACCCAGAUGACCAUUCGCAUCCGAGAUAACCUGUGCAGCAAUAUCUACUCUGCACGACAUAUCUAUCUGUGACCAAAAAAUGCAACCAUGAACCCAGCACUACGUAUUCGUACCUGCGUACGCUUAAAUCGCACAACCCUUGGCGCAGCACUCCGUGAUAAUUGGCCAAUUAGCACCCCUAACCAACACGCCCCUCAACGCGUCGCAGCAGCCCGCAGCGCGUCCCACCGCCAUAUCCCACUUUCCUCCGCUGCAAACCAUCCCGUUCGCCGCUUCCCUCACCGCAAUUACAUCCCGCCGACACCGCAAACACCAAAACCCAACUCCACAUCCCAACUUCCCUUCCUACCACCACACGCCCAAAUCCGAAAGAAACAUACCAUGACCACUUCCGCCUCCGUAACCUCACCACCAACAUCCCCGCCCGCAAAGCGAGUCAAAACCACCACAACCGACACCGAAACAACCAUGUCCACAACCAACACCCCCACCGCCAUCCCCUCCUCUCCCCCCCUCCUCAUAAAAAAGCUUUCCCCAAAAGCCAAACUCCCAACCCGCGGCUCCGCCUUCUCCGCCGGCUACGACCUGUACGCCUCAACGCCCACCACCAUCCCCGCGCGCGGCAAAGCCCUCGUCGACACGGACAUCAGCAUCGCCGUGCCAGCAAACACCUACGGACGGAUCGCGCCGCGGUCCGGGCUCGCGGCGAAGCAUUUCAUCGACACGGGGGCGGGGGUAAUCGACGCGGACUACCGGGGUCCCGUGAAGGUGCUGCUGUUUAACCACUCGGACGCGGACUUUGAGGUCGCGGAGGGGGACCGUGUGGCGCAGCUUGUGGUGGAACGGAUUUAUACGCCGGAGGUGGUGGAGGUGCAGGAGCUGGAGGAGAGUGUGCGUGGGGCUGGGGGGUUUGGGAGUACGGGGACGAACUGAGGGGGUUUUUUGAGGAGGAUGAGUAAGGGGAGAUGCUUGGGCUUAUUUAUGUCUAUAGUUGAGGGGGAAGAGAUGGGGUGUGGCGGGUAGAGGGGAGGUGCAUAGAGGUGUUUAGAGGAGUUGCCCUUGCUUGAGACGAUCGGAGCAUUGGGGAUGGCUAGGUCGCAUGCUUCUAUCUUGGACGGCUAGAUCUCAGAAAGCACAUGAGUUUAGAUGAUUACUAAUGGGAAUGAGUCUAGUUGUCCAAGAGCUACCCUCAAUAUAACGCAUAGUCUAUUGCAACAUCAACCGUUUCUCGUUACUCUUCACUGGAUACUAACGGUACCUA